AUUAGUUCGUUUAGAUUAGUGCUAUACAAUUCACUGAUCAUGAAGGUCUGGGUAUUCUCAUGCUUUAUUUUUGCUGUUUCAGCCAAACACGAAGAAUUCGCAGGAUGGAAGUCGUAUUAUGUAGAACCGUCAGAUUUAGGUCAACUUAAAUCUUUCAAUAGUCUGAUACAACAUAUAAAAGUUGAUGUUUUUGCUCAUCCAAUUGUUGGACGACCUGGACUCAUUUUAGUGGAUCCAUCGUUUCAAAACGAACUUAUUGGUGGUUUGGAAAGAUUGGGCAUCAAAUAUAAAAUCCAUGCUGAAGAUGUUAAAAGUCAAUUUGAUUUGGAAGAUGACUUGUUCAAAAAUGUUUAUAAAAAAAGUCCUCAGAGCAAUUUUGGAGGGAAGUUGCCAUAUGAUUCGUAUCAAUCAUAUGAAACGAUUAACAAAUACUUAGAUGAUAUUGCAAAAGAAUAUCCAGAGAAAGCUAAAGUAGUAACUCAUACUUCUUUUAAUGGGUUGCCUAUUAAGUACUUGAGGGUGUCUACAACAAAUUUUGAAGAUCCAACGAAACCUAUUAUAUACCUAGAUGGAGGUAUCCACGGUAGAGAAUGGUUAUCCAUACCGCCUGUGACUUUUGCCAUUAAUAGACUUUUGGAAAAUGGUACUGAUUCUAGUCUAUUAGAAAAGUUUGACUUUAUUCUAUUCCCUAUCGUUAACACAGAUGGAUACCAAUAUAGCCGUGACAGAAGCGCGGCAUGGAGAAAAACUCGUUCCUGGUACCAAGAUCCCUGGAGCAUUAUGUGUCCUGGGGUAGACAUUGAUCGCAAUUUUGAUUUCCAUUGGAACACUACAGGAGCUGGUAGUAGUAAAUGCUCAUACGUGUAUCCUGGCGUUUCUGCAUUCUCAGAAGCCGAAACAAGAGUUGUAAGAGAAAUAUUAUUAGAAAAUGAUCGCAUUCUUAUGUACAUAUCCUUUAGUAGCUGGGGUAGUCUCAUCAUGUAUCCAUGGGCAGUUGACGGUUCCUUGUCCAGUGAAGUCUUUAGACUUCACAAUGUCGGCGUGGCUAUGGCUGAUACUAUCAAUGCUUUACAAAUGCCCGAGUUUUUCGAUUAUAAAGUAGGUAAUGCAGCAUUGGUUCGCCAACUACCGAUGUCAGGAACGUCUAUCGACUAUGCUCAUCAUUUAGGGGUCCCAUUGACCUUUACGAUCGAAUUGCCUGGACUUUUUGGAGGUUAUUUUAUGAAUCCAAUUUACAUGGCAAGAAUUUGUUUUGAAACUUGGGAAGGAGUAAAGGCUGGUAUCAGAAAAGCAGAACAAUUAUAUAUGUAGUGUAUAAUUUUAAUAAACUUUUCAAAAUAUU